GCCGGUGGCUGAGCGCUCUUUCCCUCUAGUGUCCUUAGCUGCCCCCGUUCCCGGCACCCGCCGUUCAUUUGCCGCCUUCCAACGCGUGACCCCGGCGCGCUAGCGUCCUGAGCCGGUGACAGGCGCGGGGUGCGCCGAGAGAUCCCAUGUGCCCCCUCCCUCUCCUGGCUGCCUCAGUCGCCGCGUCCCGAAUCCCGCUCCGGCUCUUCGGCAGAGAACUUGCUACCGCCGCCGCCAUGUCUGCCGCAGGGCGACUCAAAACCGUGGACUACGAAGUGUUCGGGAGAGUGCAGGGUGUUUGCUUCAGAAUGUACACAGAAGGUGAGGCUAAGAAAAUAGGAGUGGUUGGCUGGGUGAAGAAUACCAGCAAAGGCACUGUGACAGGCCAAGUGCAAGGCCCUGAAGAGAAAGUCGAUUCCAUGAUGACCUGGCUGUGCAAAGUUGGAAGUCCUAGCUCUCGCAUUGACCGCACGAACUUUUCUAAUGAAAAAUUCAUUUCUAAACUUGACUACUCAGAUUUUAGUAUUCGAUACUAAUAGAAGAGAAAUAAAAAUUUUAAUGCUUAUAAUGCACACUAGAUAUUCUUAAGUCUGUAUUAGAAUAUUAAUAGACUAAGUUCAAAAAGGAACUUUCUGUUCUGAAAGGUGCAACAGAAUGUGUUACUAAAAAUGUCUGACACAAAGUUUUACUCAACUAUGUUUUUAAAAAGUAAAAACUUCGCAUUACAAAACAUUUAAUAUGAACAUUUAAACUUGCUAAUGGAAUCUUUAAGUCUAAUGAAUGUUCUAGCAAACAUGUUAUUUGGCUAGGCUUAAAAUAAAGCUAACCAUUUAAGGAUUAUUUGUCUGAAAUGAAUUCUAAAACCUUCUGCAUAAUAUUUCAUUAUUGAAGUUGAGUCAUUUGUUUAAAAUAAAGACCCAGUCAUUAGAUAUAAAUGUAUGAUGAUUAGUAUAACCAUAAAGUCCUAUCAAUAAGGAAUUAAUUUUUAAAA